UUUUGCAAACUCCACGGCCGUGCGUAGACGAAGGCCGUACGCCCUAACCUCUCGCUGACUGGAAAAGGUACGCUUUUCGUUAGCUAGUUUUAUUUUUUGCGCUUAGUUGGUGGUUUCAAAGGAUGUUAUGAGACACACCAGCGUGGGUUCGGCAUCGAACACCCACUGUUUCGCAGGGAAGACUGCCGGUGAAAAAUGAUUACAGCAAUCGUAAAAGUUCGUUAACUGACUCGUAUGGAAUUCCAUGAAGUUUGGAGAUGCUUAAGCAGACGUGAGUCAAACUUCAUGCAUGAAAAAGUUUGUCAGUUAUUCUGUCCAAUAUGGGAGACACGGUUUAUCCUGCUGUUAAUGAUUUAUGGGCAAUGAGUGAAUUUGAAAAGAUAAAACGAAGUCAUUUGAAAAGAGGAGAAUUCUUCGAAGAUUCAGAUUUUCCUGCCACGCAAACAUCUGUUUUCUACCACCAGAAACCUCCUUUUCAGUUCAUCUGGAAAAGACCUAGGGAGCUGUGCUCUAAUCCAGUAUUCAUACAAGAUGGAACCUUACAGUAUGAUAUUACACCAGGAAAAUUAGGUGACCAUUGGCUUGUAUCAGCAUUGGGAUGUCUAAGCAUUACUAAAGGAUUAUUUUAUCGUGUAGUUCCUGCGGACCAAACUUUCAGUUCUACGCUGGACUCUUUGAAUUCUUUAGACACAGAUUAUGCGGGAGUUUUCCGUUUCCGCUUAUGGUGGUGUGGUGAAUGGCAAGAAGUCUUGGUAGAUGACAGAUUACCAACAGUCAAUGGAAAAUUGGUGUUUAUUCAUUCGCAACAUUCCAACCAAUUUUGGGCAGCAUUACUAGAGAAAGCCUAUGCAAAACUACACGGUUCAUAUGAAGCUCUCAAAUACGCUUGUUCUCAAGAUGGACUUGCCGAUUUGAUGGGUGGCAUCAUUGAAACAUUCAACAUUCGACAAGAUCCUACUUCUUGUUUACGUGUACUGGGAAGGCUGCUCAAAACAACCUCUGUUACCACAAGCAUUGUCCAGCAACAAACAAAGUCACGGAACCAACCAGACAAGUUAGCUAAUGGAAUUCUUUUAACGACAAAUUACAGGGUGCUUUGUAUUGAUAAGGUUGAAACCAUAAAUGGUGACCAGAUUCAACUUGUAAAAUUAAGGAAUCCUCUUCCAACGUUAUCAGAAUAUGUUGGGUCUUGGUCAAAAGACUCAUCUGAAUGGGAGAACGUCAUUUCAGAAGAUAUACAGAGGUUGAACUGUCGGAAUCUCAACGAAGGGGAAUUUUGGAUAACAUACCACGAUUUUGUGAAAACUUUCACAAGUGUAGAAGCUGUGCACUUGGAUGCGGAAACCAGCAAAGACGAGCCAACACUCCGUUCGAAGAUUCCAUGGCAAAUGAAAGUAUGGCAUGGACAAUGGCAACGUGGUGUUAGUGCAGGAGGCUGUAGGAAUAAUUUAGAUUCCUUUCACAUCAAUCCGCAGUUUCAAAUAGUUCUUCCAGAACCGGAAGAAGUUGUAAUUUCACUCAGUCAACAUAGUAUUUUAGAGCCAAAAGUUAUUGGUUUCGCUGUAUUUCCAAUGUGCAAGUCACUAACAGCAGAAACAAUGGACAAAACUUUCUUCAAGAAGACGAAGUCUAUAUACAGUUCUUCAUAUAGUAAUAGUCGACAGGUUUCAGGAAGGGUGCAUUUUGAACAAGGGAGCUAUCUUAUCACUCCGACUACUUUCGAUCCUGGAGAAGAAGCCAAUUUCACAAUCAGAGUUAUUUCAAACAAAGCCAUAAAACUCAAAUUAUUAGACUGCACACCUACUGUUCUGAAGCCUGCAAUAAUAAAGGCUUCUGCGUCAAUAGAGACGAAGAUAAACACUUAUGAAGGAAUAUUUUUGCAGUUAUCGGAUGAACAUAAGACACUCAAUGCCUUCGAGUUACAGGAUGUCUUAGAAGUCUGUUUGCCAAAUGAUUACGUAAAAAGCUGUGCCACAUUAGAGGUGUGCAGACAGAUUGUGCUAGCGUUGGAUACAACAGGAAAUGGGCGUUUAAAGUUUUCAGAUUACAAGAACUUAAUGUGCAGUUUAAAACACUGGCAGAUUAUAUUUAGAAAUCAUACAAAAAGCACAGCCAGUAUUCUUAGAGCAGAGAAAUUAAAAGAUGCAUUAUUAGAUGUCGGGUUCCAAGUUAAUACGGAAACGCUUUCAUUAUUAGCUUUCCGUUAUAUGAGGAAGGAUGGUACACUGCGUUUCGGAGAUUUCGUUUCAUGCAUUCUACACUUAUCAACAGCUUUCAAAAUUUUUGAAAAGAAGGAUCCUCUUCAAAAUGGAUAUGUUAAAAUAAACUUAAAAGAAUGGUUGAGUUCGUCCCUGCAAUGCUAACAAUGAAAAAUAACAAAGCAGAGCAUCCUAAGUACCAGCAGAAUGAAAGUUCAUCUUCAGAGACUCUCAAAAAAAGUAUAUAAAAUGAGCAACAUGUUGGACUUCUAUAUAUAGAUAGAUUAUGAAUUCUACGCAUAGUUUUUUUUUGUUUUUUUUUUUUGUUUUUGUUGUUGUUGCUGCUGCUGCUGCUAAUGAAAUCUGACUAAAUUUUUCGCUUCAGUGCAAGAUGUUAGAAGAAUUACCAACUGCAAACAGCCGCCAACAUAAAGGCACAUUUCCAGUUAACAGAGAAUAGAAUCAAGUUUUAGUGACAUACGAAAAGCAUUCAUUAAAACUGUGUACAUAUUAAAUUAACGUUACUAGAAACACUUUUGUUUAUAGGUGUGCAUUUUCAUGUAGCUAUACUUGCAAAAUAAAUUUCAAACGGGUUUUAUGUACCUGCUCAUCAUAGUUUGUAAUAUUUCAUGUACAUUAUUUUUCAUAAUAAAUUACUCUCCUA